AAAUUAGUUCUGAUUUGGAUAUCUUGAAUAAAAUGAACUAAUACUUUGACUUAGAUCGAUAUGGAAAUAGGCAUUUACCCUUCCAAAAUCCUGAAAACCGCCAACUUAAAGAGCCUCAACCCUAGCAACCCCCACUUCACUCUUUUUCCGUCUCUCAAACCCUUCAAACCCCACUAAACCAGGCCACCACCAUGAAGAAGCUCUACAGAAAAAGCACAGUCCACCCAUCGCCGCCACUCAUUUCGGACCAACUUGCUCUUUUGCCGGCAGCCAUCUUCACUCUCACGGUGGCUCUCUCCCAAGAAGAUAAAGAAGUCCUGGCUUACCUCGUUUCCUCCACUAACUUCCCCACGGCCAGAAAAAGCACCACCACCAGCACCACCUGCAAAUCCUCCUCCUCCUCCGCCGCCGACCACCCACCUCUCUUCAACUGCAGCUGCUUCCGGUGUUACAUGAGUUACUGGGUACGGUGGGAUUCUUCACCUAAUCGCCAACUCAUCCACGAAAUUAUCGAUGCUUUCGAAGAUGGAUUGGUUCGACACAAGAGAGAGAAAAGCAAGAAAGAUAGAAAAAAGAAAUAUAAUAGUAGUAAUAGUAGCAAUGAAGAAACCACUACACCUGAGUCGACUGAGUUAACUCAGUCUCCGGAGCUGAGUCCGGUAACUUUAAACGAGUCGGAAUCGGUGGGAGACUGUGAAGAAGGGUCUGUGAGGAAGCUGGUGAAUUUUCUUGGAGAACGAAUUUGGAGUGUUUGGACAUGAGGGGUAAAACUGUCAAUUUAGCCAAAGAAGGUUGGUUUAAGGUGUUCACUUUACCACUACUACUUUCUUGAAAUUACUCAUUGGUCCUUUUAAUUUUGGUCUGUAAAAUAUUUACCCUUUUUUUCAAUGUGAAAAAGUGGUAGUUUAUUUAUUUAUUUAUAUUUCAUGCUA